UUCGAAACAGUUUGGUUGCUGCCGCCGGUUGCUUUUUUGGUUUUGGCCAAGUGAAUGUCGUUCGAUUGCCACCAAAAAACGAUAUCGUCAAGUCGGUGAUUUAAAACCCGUCCGACAGCCUACCAAAAACAAUUUCUCGCUCUUGACUAAAUUCGCCUUUGGAGCCAUCAAUUAAAAAAUAUACAAUAACAAAAUGCAAAUACCGAACAACAGAUAAUUUAACGAUAAUUUACAAAAGCGCUUAUAAAAAAGUUGAACAAAAAGUAACAACAACCAAAAUAUUUGCAAAUUACAAAUAAAGCAACAACAUUUUGGAUACAUUUUUGAGUUGGAAGAAACAACCAUGUCUGGCAAAGUGAAGCGACCGACGUUGUCAGCGUCGGCGCCCCUCUGCCACAGCUUCUUCUACUACUUCCCCGGCGGCACCAUCAUCUGGCUAUGCCUCUGCCUCGUCUUCUGCAGUGUCAGCGCACAAGAUACCUCCAGCUAUUAUUUCCCAUCACAAAACCGAUUUGUGCCAUCGCCCGGUGCCUUUCCCCGACAGCAGCAGCAGUCGCUGGGUAACUUCCGCGGCAGCUCCGGAGGAUUCUCCCCUGCUCCUGGCUCCUACCAGGAGCAGCUCUUAUUUAUAGCCAAUGAGAAUGGCCCCAAACAGGUGCCAGCGGCUGCCAGUUCGCCUUUCGGAUCGCCAUUUGGCGGCAGCUCACAGUUUGCGAAAUCGCCAGCGAAUCGCCAGUCGGACUAUUACGAUAUCUCGCCACGCCCCUUUGGAGUGCCUGCAGGGGCAGCGCCAGGCGUUGGUGCAACGUCCGCAUCGUCGUCGUCGACCAACGGCUUCACACGCUCCAAGGCGAUACGCAACGGCAGCGGCGGCACCGGGAACAGCCUGAGCGGCGGCUUCCAGCCGCAGACCCAGACGCAGACGCAGCGCAUCAAUGUGCCCCACCAGCAGACGCAGUUUCUGGCCCACUUCAGUGAGAACGACAAGCGACCGACGUCCAGCAAUGCAGGCAGUCGUCCGUUCGGCAAUGGCGGUGGAUUCUCACCCACCCGCACGCGCACCCAGCCUCUGGCUGCCGUCUCAGCCCCGCCAGAGUCUCCGGCCACCCCAGCGCCAAGUCCGUACAGGCCACGGAAUCGCUACCAGCCAGGCAGCUCCGCCUCCACAGCCUCCACCACAUCCACAACGGACAGCAGUGCGGAGGUGAGCAGCAAGCGGUACAAUCGCUUCGGCAGCAACCGCUCCAAGGCGACGUCUACGACGACCACGAGCACGCAGAACACACCCGCGGAUCGUCCCAGCUUCGGACGCAAGUCGCCCAAUCCCCGGCGGCCGGUGUUCAUCAGUCGAGAGGUGAACGAGCCGCUGAGUGUGACCAGCAAGCGACCCUUCAACUACAACAGCGCCAGCAGGCUGAAGCUGACGCGUCCCACGGCCCGCACCACCAGCAGCACCACUGAGAGUGCCGAGCAGGAGGAAGACGAGGAGGAGGAGGCGGCCCAGCAAGAGCAGGAAGGAGAGCUAGACAGCGGGGAGCAGUACGACCAGGAGUCGGAGGAGCGCCCAGAGGAUCACUCGGAGUCGUCCAGUCUGGAGAAGCUGCCGCUCCAGGAGGAGGCAGAGGUAACCCCAGUGACAAUCGCACAGAACGAGGCAGCCGUCCCGGAGACGGCGACCCAAAAUGAGGAGGAGGCUGCGGAUCCGUCCAGCACCAGCAGCACCGAAGAGUCAUCAACCGAUUCAUCGGAGACCACCAGCUCCAGCGAGGUCACGACCAUCCUGCCCUCCAGCAAUGACUAUGAGUACGGCGAGGACGAGGAUAAGGAUAAGGCCACCACCCCAAUGGGCCUGGAGAGUGAAUCCACCGAAGAGAUUCUGUUGGAGGGCACCACGGAACAGCCACUGGCACUGCCAGAGAGCACUCCAGAGCAGGAGCAGGAGCAGGAUCCCGCCAGUGCCAAGCAGGCAGAAGCAGCCACUCCCAAGCAGGAGGAUCCUCAGUCUUCCACGCCCAGCGAUAAGCCCACGGAGACGUCAUCAUCCAAGCAGGAGGGAGAAUCCGAAUCGGACUACGAUGACGAAGAGAGUCUGGGCGAGGGCGAUGAGUACGAGUACGAGGAUGAGGAAGGUGGCGAGGCAGAACACGAGGACUCCACCAGUGAGACAGAAACGCAGGACUCCAGGCCAACGACCAGCCACGAGCACGAGGAAGACCGCGAGGUCAUCUCCGUGGUGACCACCAAGAGUGUGGUGAAUGGCUCAACAGUGCUCCCGGCCCCGGUCACGCCGAGCAUACCCACGGAUGAGGGCAAGCCAGAGAAAGAGGAGGAGGAGACAGAUGUCCAAAAGGAAGCCCUGCCCGAGAGCGGGGACACUGCCAAUGCCACCGAGAACUACGUUGUGGUGGCAUCGAUACAGCCAAGUCGCAGCAUCAACGGUGCCCGCUUCCUGCCCUUCCCGGCCAUCGAGCAGGAGGAGACCAAACAGACGCUCUCCGAGCUGGAGCGGAAGGUGCACUCCAAGCAGCAGCAGCAGCAGCCGCCACAGAAGCAGCCCGAGAGCAGCGAGGAGCCGAGCACUUCCACCUCGUCCACAUCCACCCAAGCGCCGCCGCUGGCCGCCUCCACAGAAAGCAUCAUCGAUAAGCUGGACCGCGUGCAGUCGGAACUGUCCAGCGGCCUGCUGUCCGGCAAAUAUCCGAUCAUCAGCCAAAUGGAUUCCUCCACACCGGCCACGAGCACCACACUGGGAUCCGCAUCCGGAUCCGGAAACGGGCGAUUUGCGCCGCACAUUAGGAAGUUCCAGCCAAAGACGACGCCGGCUCCGAGCACCACGAGCAGUGGCAGCAGUCGGGUGAAGGUGCAGCACUUUGAUGAGAGUGAAAUGGACGAGCUGGCGGGGCUUCUGCCCGUGGGAUUCAAGGCAAAGUCCAGCUACAAGAACCGCAAGAUUACAACCACCACCUCCACGACGGAAGCGCCCGCCGUGGAGUCGCCUAGGAAGCCGGGACGCAACAGCACCAUCAGUCGCUCCUUCAAGAACGGGCAGGUCACGGUGCAGGAUGUGGCAUUGGCCGGUCUGCUGCCCAAGGGCUACAAGCCACCCAGGACGACACCGAAAACCACAACAACGACAACGAUCAGCAGUCCGGACGAGGGCAGCAGCAGCUCCAGUCUGGAGAGCCUCUUCAGUGGCGUCAAGUUCGACGACAGCCUGGCCGCCCUCCUGCCCAAGGACUACAAAGUGAGCAGCACGCCGCGACCCGCCUUCACGACUGUGGAUGACAUCUCCAAGUUCCUGCCACCCGGCUUUAAGUUGAACAGCAGCACCACCACCAUUGCAUCGACCACGCCCCGAUCCCAUCCCGUGGCCGUGCCCUUCGAUGAUCUGAGCAAGUUCCUGCCCCCCAGCUACAAGGCGCCCGCCAAGGAGAAGGCCGAACCCGUUCCCAAGCUGCCCGAAGGUGUGAAGCCCAUCAAAAUAGCGGAUCUGAGCGCUCUCCUGCCGCCGGGCUUCAAGCUGAACGAGACCGCUAAAUCGGACACCUCGAGCGAUGAGGAUCUGCUGGCCUCCCUGCUUCCACCGGGAUUCAAGUCGCCGAAGGUACAUCCCGCCUCCACCUCCACUUCCACCUCCACUACGACCAAUAGGCCCAAGCCGGUUGCCUCCAGCACCACGGAAGCGCCAGCUGGCGAAGGCAGCGGCCUGAAGGUGGUCUUCCCGAAGGGCUUCCACAAGCGAGUAGGCUCCCAUCGCCUGACCACGCCGCAUCCCGGCAACGAUGGCCAGGCUGAUGCAGUGACUCCCUCAUCGGACGGAACGCCGCCAGUGGUCAUCAAGAAGGGUCCACCCACGCGGGCUACCACGGAGUUCACCGGCUGGCCCACACCCCCGACCACACCGCUGUCCAUCGAGAAGCUGAAUGCCCAGACCAUCAACUUUGAGGAUCUGCUAACGCCCAGCGCCAGCAGCAGCACCACCAGCACCAGCACGUCCACGACGAGCACCACGACAACUACCACACCGCGGCCCACUAAGCCGGGACACUGCACGGCCGACUGUGAUCUGGCGGCCACCAUCAAGAUCAUCGAUGGAGUGGCCUGGAAGCCGGAGCUCCUGGAUCACAACACACUCGAGUGGAAGAAUCUCGCCCACGAGCUGGAGGCGCAGCUGAACGAAGUCUACUCCAGCGCCGAUCAGCUGAACAAAUGGUACAAGAAGGUGCGCAUCGAUAGCUUCAGCAAGGGCAGUGUCCUGGUCGACUACUACGUGGAGCUGGCCAACAUAACGGAGGAUGUGGACACACAGGAGAUCCGUCAGCUGUUCCACGAUGCGCUGACCAAGCCCAUGGCCCCACCGCUGCCCGACAAGGAUGCCCAGGAGAAUGAGACGGACAGCGUGUCCGGGCCGCAGGAGGAGCAACUAGUCACGGCCAGCUAUCAGAUGGGCAAAUACAUCAUUGAUCCGGUGGCCACCGAUUUCAGUGUCAUAGCCAAGAAUGUGAACACAAACGUGGAGUAUGCCGAGGAGGAUCUGCUCAUUCCCCAAUGGGCCAUAGUCGUGAUAGUGAUUGGAGUGGGAUCCCUUGUGUUUGUCAUCAUCUUUGGCGUCACAGUGCUGCUCAAUCGCCAGAAGAGGUCCAAGAAGACGCCGAUUCCGCUGACCAAUGACAUGCUGAACGAGCUGAAGGUCAACCACAUGGGUGGUUCGGACAACUACGGUGUGGAUGAUUUCUACAACAUUGAUGAUCCCUGGAACGACACCAAGCAGCCGAUUAAACCGAAGCGCUUUACCAAUUCGAUGCAUGGCAGCAACAGCUCCAACAUCUACGACAGCUGGCGCUCCACCCGUCAUCCGCACAGCAAUGCCGACUAUUUCUAUGACCAGCAGCCGACGUACUCGCAGAAGGGCGACUCCCUGAAGCGGCCGCAUCAUGGCCACCAUCAGUAUCCCGCCCAUACCCAUCAGCAGCAGCAGCAGCAGCAUCCGCAACAGCAUCAGCAGGCGUAUGGCCACCAAUAUCCGGAUGCCUUUGCCGAUGCCCACCAGAUGUACAGCUAUAAUAACCAUGCCAGUCGGACGCGCUAUUCCCGCGACUACGAUCCCGAUUUCUAGUUAAGCCACCGACUACACCACGCCCAUCCACGCACUAGCUUUAGUAACAUGCGAACGAUUUUGCGUUGUGUUGUAACUUAAUAGCCUAAAGUAUCAUAGUAUGUACUCACAUAUGUAUAAUGCUGCAACUUAUACUCGUAUUUAUCGUACAGUACUAGUACUGUCUGCUGGCUUGGCUCAAAAGUCGUACCGCUUUUCUGUACCCACAGCCAGAGGUAUUCUAUUCUUAAUGGAGCUGCUAGUAUAUCCGUCUGGAUGCGAUGUACUCCGGUAAAGCUAUUAUAAACGAUACAGAAUAGAACUUGGGGUCGUAUCCCCCGAAAAUAAAUAGUCAUGCACUCUUAGUUAAUACUAGCUCGUAACUGAAUAGUAGAUGUAUACAUAAACUAAAUAUAUUAUCCAUAGAUUGUAUUAUUUAAUGUACUGGCGGCUUGCUAAUAAUAAUGUCUAAAUUUAGGCAAAUAAUUAAAUCUAGAAAAGCAAUCAAUCAUUUCGAAUCUAAUUUUGCGUACUCUUAUCGCA